AUGGAUAGAACUGGAUUCAAUGAAGACUCUGUUUCGGUUUUACCGUGUCAGGAUCUUACUAAUGGGGGAGACAAAUUGCAGGAGCCAAUUUUAGAUCAAAAUGAUAUAGAUAUUCUACCAAUUUCUCCCCACUCAAGUUGUAAUAAUUUAGCCUCCUGGCCGGAUGUAGAGAAAGAUCCUCACGAGGACUGUGAUUUUGGUGAUGGAGCUCUCAAGUACGUAAGCCAGAUGCUUAUGGAGGAAGACGUAGAAGAGAGGAAUUGCAUGUUUCAAGAGUCUUUGGCGCUUGAAGCCACUGAAAAAUUGUUUUAUGACAUUAUUAGGGAGAAGUAUCUUCCUCCAGAUGAUCACCAGACAGCCCCUUUCAUUGAGGAAAAUUCUGGCAAUCCAGAUCAAAAUGGUAGUAUAGAUUUCAGUACUUAUAGUAGAAAUACUACUAGUGAUGGUAACUGUGUGGAACUAGGGAGGAAUUUUGAUGUUGGAGAGUAUAAAUCCCCUCAUGUUGCCCCCCAGCCCACUUGUCAGUCUUCUUUCAGUUCUUCAAGCAGUGCCAAAAGGGUUCCUAAUAUAUUUAAUGACAGUGAGUCUGUUUUGCAGUUCAGGAGGGGGUUUGAGGAAGCCAGUAAAUUCCUCCCAGAUGGUAAUGGCUUGUUGCUUGAUUUGGCAAACCACCAUACAGAGCUGGAGCUGAAGGAAGGCCCUAAUAAUGUGGUAGAUAAGGUGAAGAAGAAGCAUGCAGAUGAGUAUUUUAGAGACGGGUGGAGGGGAAAGAAGAAUUUUCAUCCAUGGGAUUUGGAAUCCAAAGAAGAGAGGAGUAGCAAGCAAACUGCUUUUUAUAAUGGAAUUACUGUGACAUCAGAGAUGUUUGAUCGGGUGUUGCUAUGUGGUCCAGAGGAAGAUGAAGAUGCUCUACGUGAAACCUGGCAAAAUGAAACAACCAAGACUCUGCAACAGGAUGGUCAAUCAAAAGGAUCUGGAAAGUCCCAUGGUAGGACGAAGGGCGGAAAAACGGAUUUGGUGGACUUCAGAAGUCUAUUGACUCUUUGUGCACAAGCAGUUGCAGCUGACGAUCGGACGAGCGCAAAUAAGCAACUGAGGCAGAUCAGACAGCAUGCUUCUUCAAUGGGUGACGGGAUGCAGAGACUGGCUCACUAUUUUGCCAACUCCCUUGAGGCACGCUUGUCUGGUUCCGGGGCCCAGAUGUACAAAGCCAUAACUACCAAACCAUCAGCUGCCAAUGUCUUGAAAAUUUACCACCUACUUAUUGUGGUGAGCCCCUUUGUGAAGGUCACUAAUUUCUUCUCAAAUAAGUCAAUUGCAGAAGUAGCUGAGAAAUCAGAGAGGCUCCAUGUUAUCGAUUUUGGCAUUCUCUAUGGUUUCUCAUGGCCUUCACUCAUACAACGUCUCUCAUCUAGACCAGGUGGGCCUCCCAAGCUUCGAAUUACUGGGAUUGAUCUUCCAGAACCCGGUUUCCGACCUGCAGAAAGGCUUGAAGAGACAGGGCGUCGGUUAGCAGAUUAUGCCAAGUGUUUCAAUGUUCCUUUUGAGUUCAACGCCCUAGCACAAAAGUUCGAAACGGUACAAAUUGAGGAUCUCAAGCUAGACAAUGACGAGGUUCUUGCGGUGAGAUCCCGGUAUAGAUUUGGAAACCUCCCUGAUGAAACCGUGGUAGCAGAGAGUCCAAGAGAUAGUGUUCUGACCCUGAUCAGGAAAAUGAACCCAGAUAUUUUUAUACAUGCCAUUGUGAAUGCGGCCUGUGAUACCCCCUUUUUUAUGACUCGAUUCCGAGAGGCUCUUUUCCACUAUUCUGCGUUGUUCGAUAUGCUUGAGGAGAAUGUGCCCCGCAACAUUUUGGAGAGAAUGCUGUUGGAGAGAGAAGUGUAUGGUCAAGAGAUAAUGAACAUCAUUGCAUGUGAGGGCUUAGAGAGGAUUGAGAGGCCAGAGACAUACAAGCAGUGGCAGGUUCGUAAUGAGAGGAUUGGGUUUAGGCAGCUCCCUUUGGACCAGGAGGUUGUUGAGGAGGCAAAGGAGUGGGUGAAAUCAUGCCUCCACAAGGAUUUUAUUAUCGAUGAAGAUGGGCAAUGGCUGAGGCUAGGGUGGAAGGGACGCAUUACUCAUGCCAUGUCUUCUUGGAAGCCUGCUUGUUAAAUUCACAUUCAUUACUACCCAUACAGGUCAUGUUGUGAUCCUUCUAGAAAUCCUGUUUAGAUUUGUUGGGAUUAGAUGAAAUAAUGUGUUCCAUUUUAGCUAUUCUUUGACUACGUUUUCAAGUAUGGUGCCUGCCUUACUAUUUGUUUUGUC